AUGUCAAAACUAAAAAUGAUAGAAAAUGAAAAGAUCUUUUUAUGUAGCCUUCAUAAAUAGCCUGUAAUGAUGGUUAAUCUGGAUUCUUAGUUAGAGUUAAAUUAAAGACUCUUGUGUAAUCAAUGUAUUGAUUACAUGGAACCGUAUUCAAAUGUAGUUGGAUUUAAGAGAGUUGUUCAAAUGAUGGAGGGAAAUUGAAAGAAUUUUUAGGAGUUCUUGGACAACAAGAUUGAUGUAGAUCUCAGACACGUUGAAUCAUUAUAUACACAUAUAAUUGCUUUGAAGUCAUAACUUAUUUAAUUAUUGGAUCAAUUAAUAGGAAAUACAAAGGAUUGGAUUUAGAAUUUAUAAUCCACACAUUAAAGCCAAAAAGAGUAUAGCUUCUUUAAGGAGUUAGACUCAAUAAUAUUGAAAUAAGAAUUAAUACAGAAUGAAAAGAUGAAUUUAACUAAUUAGAUUAAAAAUAUAAACAAUCCUUGGGGCAAUAAAUUUAAGUAUUAUUUAGGAUCAUUUCAAUAAUACCCACAAUAUCAAAAGUGUUAAGAAAUUUUGAAUUAAAUAAAUGAAUCAGACGAACUUAUUUAAAUAAAUUAAUCAGGCCCAGCUCAAUUAGUACUCAUUGAUGAUUCAACGGAAUAACAAGAGAAGUGCAAAGCUAUCGCGUUUGACCCAACAGGAAAGAUAAUGAUUUCAACUAGUAAUAAUGACAUCAAAAUGUGGAAUUUUGAAAAAGGAAAAAUCACAUUAACUGAUACUCUAUGCGGCGGAUAUAGCAAAGUACAGAACUGCUUCCUAUCUUGAGCUAGCGAUAAUACAAUUAGAUUAUGGAAAAAAUAGGAUACCAAUCUAUGGCAAAGUUUCUAAGCAGCAGAGGAACAUAAAGAUCCGAUAUAUUGUUUGAUUUUAACAGAAAAAGAGGAUUAAUUAAUUUCAGGCAGUAUUGAUUAAUCAAUUAAAGUAUGGAUGGUAGACUUCAAUCAAAACAAAUUAUAAAUUCUUUAUUCCUUAGUGAAGCAUACUUCCUUCGUUGUUUCAUUGAGUUUAAAUGAAUCAGGGUAAGAAUUAAUUUCUUGUGGAUCUGAUGGGACAAUUAUAAUUUGGAGGAAAGGAGAAAAUAAUAUGUGGAACUUUUAGCAGGUUGUUACUAAUUCUUAAUAAGAAUAAGGAAAGCAUGUUAAAUUCUUAAACGAAAAUUAAUUCAUCUGUUUAGCUUAUAAGAGCAAUUAUGUUUGUGUUUUUGAAAGCGCUGAUGGGGUAUACCAAGAAAAUAUAGAGAAGAGAGUUGAAUUCGAGAAAGAUAAUUCAGCUUUAUCAAAUUGGCCAUUUUUCCCUAUCAUUUAUAAUAAACAUAAGAAUCUUUUAUGCUUAAGGCAUAUAUUUCAUAUUUGCAUACUAAAAGUAGAAGAAAAAGGAAAAUUUUCAAUAAUUGAAUAAUUGGAUUACUAAAAUUAAGAUAGUUAUGGGACUGUAACAAACAACGGAGAAUAUUUAGUAUUUUGGGGAAGUAGGCAGAACAAAUAUUAAAUUUAUGAAAUAUAAUAUCAAUGA